AUGGGCGGGCAACACUGCUGUUUCUCCCACGCUGGGACGAGGAUCGGCACUUUUGCAGUGUUUCUCUUCUUCUUUGCUCUUCAUGUUGCAGGCGCUGGUGUACGCUUUAGGGGCAGUGUGUAUCGCGGCCUUGCCGAAGAAACACUGCGUGUGGGGGGCGCAACGUUCAUGGUCCAGGCGGUUUUCCCAAUUUUUAAAGGGUACGACGAGGCUCAUUUAAAGGAUCUGUUGGCCGAGAUACUUUCUGUGAGCUAUGUGGUGAGUGAAGACGGAGCCAAACGGGAGAUGCAGGUCACCUCCAACUCGUGGUUGCGGCAGCUUCCACGGCUGAUGGAGCAAAGCCGUGUUGAAAUGGAGGAAAAUGGACGCACUGUGCGACUCACGUUUCACCCGCUUUCUGACUGCGUUGUGGAUGAGGCACUGCUCGUGGUGCCUUGUUUACCGCCGAAUAUCACUCAGCAACCUCAUACGCUUGGUGGGGGCGCAAAAGGCGAGGAUUGCCGCUCAGAUAACGCGUUUGUUGUCACACCAAAGACUCUAAUUUGCAUUGAUACUGACAGACUUGUGCAGAUGGCCCCAGCACAGUAUAUUACCGGGAAUAUGAUUGAAAUUCCUAUAGUGAAAGAAAAGAGUGCUGGAACUGGUUCAAGAAUAAAGGUCAUGAAUAGUAAUUCGUGCGUCAAUGCUGUCGAAGCAUCGAUUAGCGGAAAUGAAUGGGAUGAGGAGAACCAAGUAUUUCGUUUUGGUGCGAUUCGCGGUGGCUUGGUCACACUUUGUUAUAUGCCAUUCCCAGAAGCUUUGCCUCAUGUGAUGCUGGAAGUAGGUGAGACAUUAACAAUAGCGGGCCCUGAAGGGGUUUCAAUAGAACCGCGUCGAGUUUUUUCUGGUGUGGAGUUUAGGGGCCACGUGUUCGGUACCAACCUUUCGGAACAUGAUGAACUUAUUAUUACGGCACAGUCAUGCAACGAAUUCACGUUUGAAAACACUUUUUUACCCGUGUUUUCUCUCUUCAGUAGUACUCGAGCCCUUUUCUUUGGCAUUAUAAACGAAAAAGGUCACUACCUGGUUUGCUACUGUCGUGAAGGUUCGAAUCGGUAUGUUGGGGUGGCAACACUGGUGGUUGAGAAGGACGUUGAUGCCGCGAUGAAGAAAGGAUCAAAGUAUUUGCCUUUGGAUAGCGUAACGGAUUUUUAUCCUGUUUCUAUUGCGGGGCGUUUGCAGGUUGAUGAGACAAUAAUGCUUUUUUUGAAACAGGAGUCCUUUAAUGUUUCGUCUUUGGUGUGGUCAGGAGGCAGCAUUGUGGGUCAGGGAGAGAUAAACUGCCUGGGGAUGUCUACCAUUACUUCACAGGGUUACGAGCCCCGUACGCUGUCGUUUAUUUUGGGUAACUAUGGUGUUAUGGUAAUAGAUGUCCCGCAGCUACUCUUGGAAGGUGGGGGAGCCGUCCAUAACUACGGGCAUCUUACCAUCGUCGUAGCACAUGUGGGAGAUGAGGGAGCUACCAGUAUUCGUUCUCGAAGUCGCAAUAAUGUAGUUAUUAAUCGGGGUGGUGUGAUUCAUGUCAUCGCAGUGGAACAGGGUCCGGCUGUGUUGUGCCAAACACAUAUAAUGAACACAAAGGGAUCACUUGUGCUCUCAGGGAACUUGAAAAUUACGGAAAUGGUGAUUGGGGAAAGGGCAAAACUGGUUUUACAGCAUGGAGCCCGCGUGUAUACCUCGGAUGCGCGGCUCAGUGGAACAAUUGUAUUGUUAGAGAAUUCGGAGCUAACACUUAUGGGAGACUCUUCGCUUGUCUCAGCCAAAGUGAUAGGGAACCGAAGCCGUAUUUUUCUUACUGGGAAAUCACUGUUGCUUGAUUCUAUUGCUGUUACAGGCGAAGUUACAACAGACAUUAUUGGCCCGUUAGCCGGCCCUUCCAUUGUUUUGGUUGCAUUAUGCGGUGUGAUUGCCUUUGGAGAAGGGUCACACCUGAAUCUUCGCAGGGCACAUUUAAUUACUAACACGGGUUUGGCGCAACUUAUUAUUGCGGGGGCGCUAACUGCAGAUAUAGACUCCGUGGUGCUCUCUGGUAACAUAUGGAUUCAAGACAACAACAUCACCGUCGUCUAUGGAAGUGGCAGCAGACACCGUGUACAAAAAGGAGAGGAGUCUUCUUUGGUGUCCUUUGCUGUUAGUGGGAAUGCGACGCUUGUAGCAUUAGAUGUCUCGUCGCCACCGGAUUUUAGUGUAAACUGUGAUACAAUGCUAUCCUUGUUUGGCUACGUUAAGAUUGAUGGUCGUUUCCUCGUGCGAGGGUGUGUGGCAGUUCCUCUCGGCGGUGUAAUUGGAGGCUCAGUGGAAUAUCUAAAGCUUCCCGACGAAGCGGCCAGGCUUAUGCCGCUUCUCCUUGCUGCUAAUAUACGCCUACCAUUGAAUGGCGUUCUACCGCGAGGCGCGAGUCUCAUAUUGGGUGGUGAAAUGCUACUUCGCAAUGGGGCAAGACUUAACUUGGAUGGAAUUGUUAUGAAAAAUGCGGCACUUAUUGGAGCAGGCACCGUUUAUGUAGGGGCCCAAACAAUUCUCUCUGUUGACCACGGCUCACGCCUUGUCUUAGGUGGCGGUUGUGUAAUUAACGCCGCAGUGACUUACGUGGAAGGCCUCCUGGAGGCGGACAUGUUACUUGGGCCGCUGAUCAAUGGGUCGCUCGAGAUUGCAACCGGUGGCCGGGUGAAGUUAUACUCUGUUCAGACAACACCAUGCGUGAAUGUACUCAGUGCCAGCGGAGGUGUACGAUGGGCACAUGAUUUAAUUGUCGAGUGCCAUUACUAUCCGCUGCCGUCAGUGUCAGGGUAUUUCAGUAAAGCAUCGGAUCGUAAAAAAAAUGACGAAUUGCGACGAAAGUGGUUUGUGCUGCCGCCAGAUAUGGAAUGUUCAGAAGAAUAUUUACUUGAAGAGGCUAACAAGCUGUUUAUUGUGUUCCACUGUUUUCAUAUGAUGCCCCAUGAUCCACCACCAGGUGUGCCAUCGACGCGUAGUAUGAUUAAGUGGGGGAUAACAUUUGUUUUGUUAGGUUUCAUGGUUAUGCAAUUUUUUCUGCUUGCCAAUGGGAUGUCAUGGAAGCAAUGGCUUAUGGAUCUUAGAAAAAAACCACCUCUGCGUCUGACUCUCUCGCGGUCCGAGUUUACACUACAUGCAAUGAACUAUGUGAUACUUGCUACACUGCUGUUCAAUGUGUUUCAGAGAUCUAUGGUGGCGAUUCCUCCACAAGCACCACUGCCUGUUGGUUUUAUGUCAUUUGUACGCUUCCGCAGCGUGUUGCUCAUUCUGCCCCAUCGUCUGAUAAACUUCCAAGUGACGAUGCGAAGAGUGACGAUGGGCACAUUCAUCUGGGGAUUCACCUCGAUCACACUGAUGGUGCUGGGCAAAAAUAGCAUUCGUCGACGAUUGUGCGGGAAGUGGGGGCAAAGAAUUAUGCAAAUCCUUUUACGCGUGGAACACGUUUUACAGGUUUUUCUCAUCGUGUUUUCCUUUCCUUUCCGAUCUCUCGUCCUCGACACUUUCGCAUGCAACACGUUUCUCAGUGAAUUUACUACAUGCUCGGAGGCUCAUAAUAAUAUGAUUGUUCCGACCAUCUCACUUUUGCUGUUCUGUUUCGUGAUACAGUCUGGAAGGCUUUCGGCAAUGCAGCUCUUAAAAUGCGAUUUGCGGUGCCGUCUAUCGGUGUUGGUUGCCCUGGAUGCAUUGUCAUUGACGGAAAGUGGCAUGUGGAAAGUAUUUAGCAACAGUUCGCUGUUGUUGUUUGUCAGCAACUUUUCCUUUGCAUGUUUGCGACUGCUGUUGCUUUUCUACGCCACCCCCACUGCCUACAGAAACAUCAAUAGACUUAUGAUUCAGUUUUCGUGUUCGGCGUUGUUUGCACACGUGUGUAUAAUAUUGCACGUAAUUCGGGUUUAUUUGGGAUUUGCGAAAACGUGCCGUGAUGGGGAGAUGUAUUUUAUUGUGGUGGUGACCCUUUGGAUUGUCACGGUAGGUGGUAGUGUUUGGUACAACAUAAUCGCCGCACAGGAUGAAUCUGCGACCACAAACAACGUGGCUAUUGAUGCAAUUCAGCGCUCUAUUCAGCAGAUUCAUAGCCGAAUACAAGAAUUGCAAUACGAGUUUCUGACAUGUGCAUCUGCAGAGGAGCGACAAAACGUGUUGAACGCCACAGCCCGCCUUAACAUGGAAUUGUUGGAAAAACAAAAACGAUACCACUACGAGAAGUACCGCUUGCUUGGUAGUUUUUAUUUUAAUGGACUUAUUAAGGAACCAACGCGUCCGCGGACAGUCUUGACCAAAAAAAACAACCAAUUUUUGUGA